UAAAAAUGAGUGAAGAAAAAUAUUUAUCCUAGUUCAGGCACGAUGAAGAUAUAUACAACUUUGAUCCUUGCUUUGAUUUUUGAGAUAAAUAUGGAAGUUGAUGCGGGAAGUUUUAAUUUAAGUGGUAGUUUCAAUCCAGGAAUUUCGUUUAGUCGUAGUCGUAGAUUGAAUAACCGAGAAAGAGAUAAUGAAUCCGGUGAUGUCAAUAAUUUAGAUUGGCCGCAGUCAUUGGACACCAGCAGAUUUAAAACAAACAUCUUACUACCCGACCCUAAUGCUAAUGAAGCCAUCACUGAUGUAAAUGAGCAUUUUCAGCCUCAUAACUACAGAUCACGGCACAGAACACACAAACGAUCGAUUUAACCUUUUUCUGUCAUCUCAAUAGGUUAUUAUCUUGGUUUUAAUAAGAAUAAUGUAGUCUUUGCCUUAUUCUUUAGUGUUUUUUCUCCAAAUAUAUAAUAUCUUCUUGAUUA